GGAACCUCAGUAGCUCGUACUGAGCUUUGAGUAAGAUGGGAACAAGUAGGGAGGCAUCAAUAUGGAUCCUAAUACUGACAAUCACAUUUCCUUAUGGCUCAAACACCUUAGAAUGGCCUCCUUUACUUGACAGGACAGUGGUGCUAUUUCCAGAAUUGACAUCAGCUCAGUACUUUACAAGUCACAAUCCAAACCACAAUUUCCGUGUAUGCAGUACCUGGGGAAAUUACCACUUUAAAACAUUUGAUGGUGACAUUUAUUAUUUUCCUGGAACCUGCAAUUAUGUCUUUGCUUCCCAAUGUUUAAGUAGUUAUGAGGAAUUCAACAUUCAGAUGAGACGUUCUAUUGUCAAUGGCUUUCCAAGGAUCACUCACAUUGUCCUGAAAAUUGAUGGAUUAGUUGUCGAAGUACAGAAUUCAGUUAUUUUAGCUGAUGAUAAUGUUGUGACAUUGCCUUACACCCAUUCUGGGAUUGUGAUUGAGAAAGUCAGUAAUUAUAUCCGUAUCACCGCAAAGAUCGGCUUGACUCUCAUUUGGAAUGGAGAUGAUGCCCUCACGCUUGAACUGGGCCAACAUUUUGUCAACACGACAUGUGGGCUCUGUGGUGAUUUCAAUGGCAUACAGGAUAAUGAAUUUUUUUCGAAUGGAUACCACCUGACUCCUAACCAGUAUGGAAACUUACAGAAACUGAAUGAUCCCAAGGAGCGAUGCAAUGAUGUACCUUCAUCUGAUAAUGAUAAAAAUUGUUCAAAUUUUGAAUCCAUGUGUGAAAGAGCUCUCACAGAUCCAGGUUUUUCCAACUGCUAUGAUAUCUUAGAUUUAGCACCUUUUAUCAAGAGCUGUAUGCUGGACUUAUGCCUGUGCAAGGAUUCAGGAAAUCCAUCAUCCUGCAUGUGUAAUACUUUAUCAGAAUUUUCUAGACAAUGUGCUCAUGUUGGAGGUAAACCCAGCAACUGGAGAAGGAAAGAAAUGUGUGAGAAGACAUGCCAAUUUAAUAUGACCUAUGAGGAGUGUGGUAUUCCAUGUGCGGACACAUGCUCAAAUCCUGAAAGGAGCCAGAUGUGUGAGGACCACUGCAUUGAUGGCUGCUUCUGUGCUCCAAAUACUGUUUUUGAUGAUAUUUCCAACACUGGAUGCAUUCCAAAAGAACAGUGUCCCUGUACCUACAAUGGAAUAUCUUAUGCACCUGGAGACUUUUAUUCCACCAAAUGCAGUAAAUGCAAUUGUAAUGGAGGACAGUGGUCCUGUACUGAUCUAUCUUGCCCUGGGAUCUGCUCCGUUGAGGGGGGAGCUCAUAUUAAUACAUUUGAUGAAAAGCAAUACAAAUUCCAUGGGAAUUGUCAUUAUGUUCUUGCUAAGGACUGUGAAAAUACUUUCUUUUCUGUCCUUGGGGAGCUGCAGCAAUGUGGUAUUACUGAAUCUGAAACAUGCUUAAAGUCUGUAUCACUGACUGAACAUCGAUCUCAAACAAUCAUUACAAUUAACCCCAGUGGCCGUGUGUCUGUUAAUGGAAUCUUUACAGAAUUGCCUUUAACCUUUGCUAACCUCACUAUUUUCAUGCCCUCGAGUUUCCAUGUGAUCAUUCAUACUUCUUUUGGACUGCAGCUCCAGGUACAGUUGGUGCCUAUCAUGCAACUUUAUAUAACGCUGGAUUCUGUCUUCAAAAGUCAGAUGUGUGGUCUUUGUGGAAACUUCAACAAUGUACUCAAUGACGAAUUUAAAAUAGUCAGUGGUCUUGUAGAAGGAACACCUGCUGCCUUCGCAAAUACCUGGAAGACUAAAGCCAACUGCCCUGACAGAAAAGAUAUUCAUGAAAAUCCUUGCUCCCUCAGUGUCGUAAAUGAAAAGUAUGCUAAGCAUUGGUGUGGCCUGCUAUUAGCUGACAACUCUACAUUCACUCAGUGCCAUUCACAUGUCAACCCAAAUCAAUACUUUGAGCAAUGUAAAUAUGACAGCUGUAACUGUGAAAAAAGUGAAGACUGCAUGUGUGCUGCCCUUUCUUCUUAUGUUCAGGCCUGCGCAACUAAAGGGAUCAUCAUUUCCAAUUGGAGAAUGAAUGUAUGCUCCAAAUACCUCACCUGUCCCAAGACUCUCACCUACAGCUACAAUAUGACAAGCUGCCAUCGCACUUGCAAGUCCCUAGGAGCACCAGAUAAAACAUGUGAGAUUGACUUUGUGCCAGUUGAUGGAUGUGGUUGUGCUACUGGAACCUACAUGGAUGAAACUGGCAGAUGUGUACCACCCUCCAGCUGCCCAUGCUAUUAUAGGGGGUUGACAGUGCCAGCAGGAGAGGUCAUUCAUGAGGAAGAUGCCAUGUGUACCUGCAAUCAAGGGAAGCUGGAGUGCAUUGGAAAAGAAUUAAAACUUCAAGCCUGUGUUGCUCCCAUGGUUUACUUUGACUGCAAUAAUGCUUCAGCUGACAGUGUUGGUAUCGAGUGUCAGAAGAGUUGCCAAACUCUUGAUAUGGAGUGUUAUGCCACAGGUUGUGUUUCUGGAUGUGUAUGUCCUGAAGGUUUAGUUUCUGAUGGAAGUGGUGGCUGUAUCCCUAUAAAUCAGUGCCCAUGUACACAUAAUGGAAUUCAGUACCAUUCUGGGGACAUCGUGCAGGUGGACUGUAACUCAUGUGAAUGCAAGAAUAGAUUGUGGACCUGCACAAACCAACAGUGUCAUGGGACAUGUACGAUCUAUGGAGAUGGGAACUACAUCACUUUUGAUGGAAAACGUUACAACUUUAAUGGCGACUGUGAAUACAUUAUUGCACAGGACUUUUGUGGAAAUAACACUUCUGAUGGCACCUUCAGAGUAAUCACUGAAAACAUCCCUUGUGGGACCACUGGAACAACAUGUUCUAAAUCAAUUAAAAUUUUCUUGGGGAACUUGGAAAUAAAACUCUCAGGUGGCAAGUACGAAGUGGUGCAGUUUGAUAGCAGCAAACACAUUCCUUACGAAGUGCGCUAUCUUGGCAUUUACCUUGUAAUUGAAGCCAAAAAUGGAUUGGUAUUGAUCUGGGACAAGAAAACAAGCUUGACAAUUAAACUCAGUCACUCUUUUCAGGGUGACAUCUGUGGAUUGUGUGGUAAUUAUGAUGGCAAUGUACACAAUGACUUUACAACCAGAAACCAGUUGGUGGUUGUAAACAAGGAGGAGUUUGGAAACAGCUGGAAGGUGUCACCUACUUGUCCAAAUGUAAUGAAAACUGAAGACCCAUGUUCAAUUAACCCUCAUCGAGAUGCAUGGGCUCAGAAACAAUGCAGCAUCCUCAAGGAUAAACCGUUUCUACCUUGCAAUUCUCAGGUUAAUCCAACUCCAUAUUAUGAAGCUUGCGUACGGGAUGCAUGUGCCUGUGACUCUGGUGGAGAUUGUGAAUGUUUGUGUACAGCGAUUGCUGCUUAUUCUUUGGCCUGCAGUAUGGUUGGGGUGUGCAUUUCCUGGAGAAAUCCUGAAUUUUGUCCUCUGUUUUGUGACUAUUACAAUCCUGAUGAUGAGUGUGAAUGGCACUAUGCACCUUGUGGCAUUCCCUGUGUGAAAACUUGCCGAAAUCCUGGUGGAGCAUGCUCCAAGAUUAUCCCCAAACUUGAAGGCUGCUACCCAGACUGUCCUGAUGAUAAGCCAUUUUUGGAUGAGGACAAAAUGGAAUGUGUUGAAUUGGACCACUGCCCAUGCUUUGUUAAUGGGAAGCACUAUGAGCCAGGCCACAUUGUGCCAAGCACUCAGAACUGUGAAUCAUGCAAAUGUAAAAAUGGGAAAGUACAGUGCACCUAUGACAAAUCAGAGUGCACCUGCGUUUAUGAUGGCAAAACCUUCCACGAAGGUGAUAUUAUCUACCAUACGACGGAUGGGAUUGGAGGGUGCAUCAAGGCAACAUGCAGUGUGAAUGGGACAAUAAACAGAGAAGUCUACCCAUGUACUCCAAAGACCUCGGCAAUUCCCAGUACGACACUGGCCUUUGAAACAACGCCAACACCCACAGCAUCCAGCACCAGAAGUUCUACUACAGCAGAAAAUACAUCAGAGAAGAGUGAAACAACACAGACGACUAUGCUGUCAGCAACAACCGUUACCCCUACGAGAUCAAAUACAGUGAAGACAACCUAUGUCACUGUGACAGCUACUGCUGAGACAACACUAACAAACAAGACAAUAGCUCCAACUACUGUAUUGAGGACAACUAUGCCAAAAACCACUAAAACUACAUCAGAAGAAAGCCAAUCAACAGUGACUGCUGCCUCAACAACAUCAGUCACCACAUCAACAACUAUUUCAUUGAUGUCUUCUAUGUCAUCAACUACAGUCUUCCCCACAACAACUCAACCAUUAUCCUUUUCCUCAGAAAAAACAGUUACCCCUUCAAAAGCUACACCAUCAACCUCUCCUUCAGAAAAAACAGUCACACCUUCAACAACUACACCAUUGACCUCUUCCAUAUCUCCAGCUACAAUCACACCCACAACAACCACACCAUCUACCUCUUCCUCAGAAAGAACUGUUAUCCCUUCAACACAGACACCAUUGACUUCUUCCAUCGUGUCAACUACAGUCACACCCAUAACAAGUACACCAUCGACAACCCUUAUUUCAUCAACUACAAUCACCUCAACAACUACACCACUGACCUCUUCCACAUCUUCAACUACAGUCACACCCACAACAACCACAUCAUCAACUUCUUCCUCAGAAAAUACAGUCACCCCAUCCGCAUCAUCAACCUCUUCCAUUACGUCAACCAUGGUCACUCCCACAACAAUACUAUUGACCACUUCUUCAGGUAAAACAAGUACGCCCUCAACAACUACACCAUUUACCACUUCUUCAGAAAAAACAGUCACUCCCAGAACAUCGACAACCCCCAUUUCAUCAACUACAAUUACCUCAACAACAAUUGCACCAUUGACCUCUUCCAUAUCUUCAAGUACAGUCACACCCACAACAACCACACCAUCAACGCCUUCCUCAGAAAAAACAGUCACCCCAUCAACAUCAUCGACCUCUUCCAUUACAUCAACUACAGUUACUCCCACAAUAACGACAUCAUCAACUACUUCAUCAGAAAAAACAAUUACGCCCACAACAACUACACUAUUGACCACUUCUUCAGAAAAAACAGUUACAGCAUCAACAACUACACUAUCAACCUCUUCCAUAUCUUCAACUACAGUCACACCUACAACAACAUCAGCCUUUUCCUCAGAAAAAUCAGCCAUCCCAACAAGUAGACCAUUAUACUCUUCCUCAAAAACAACAUCUAGCACCACCACAACAACUACACCAUCGACAUCUUCCAGAUCUUCAGUUGCACUCACCCCUACGAAAGCUACAUCAUCCACCUUUUCCUCAGAAAAAACAGUCAUCCCAUCAACAACUCCACCAUCUAACUCUUCUUCAAAAACAACAUCCAUCUCCAGAACAACAGCUUCACCAUCUGGUUCUUCUUCAGAAAAAACAACCACUUCCACAACAACAACACCAUCAACCUCUUCCUCAGAAAAAACUUUUACCACAACAACUACACCAAUGACUUUUUCCUUAAAAACAACAUCAUCAGUCACCACUGGGACAACAAAACCAUUAACAUUUUCUGUGUCAUCAGCUAAAUUUACCUCUACAACAUCUACGACAUUGUCUUCCUCCUCACCAGCGACAUCAACAGUCAUCCCGACAACUACAGCAAUAUCUAGCUCUUCUUCAGCAUCAACUACUACACCUCCUCCUGUGACAGCACCAUUAAAGUCUACCAAUACAACAACAGCCACCUCACUGAGCAGUAAAACCAGUAUCAGCACCUCAGAAACAAGCCAGCCAACAUCAACUUCUUUGUCAGUAUCAAAAACCACAGUCGCUCCAACAAUAACUGUCACCCCUACAUCAAAAGAAGCAUCAACUGUUUCUUCAGUUACACCUACAGCUGUGACAGGGCCAACAAAGCGCAGGAUGACAACAACAAGUACACUGAGCACAACAGUUACUGAAAGUACAUCAAAACCACCUCAAACAACAACAACUACUUCUUCAGCACCACUAAUAACAGUUACCACCCCUACUACAGUUAUUAAAGUCACAUCAGAACAAAGUGAAACAACAUUCAUUACAACGUUACCAAUUUGUUCAUGUCAUAUAAAUGGGCGCAUGCUGUCACCUGGACAGGCUGUGGUUACUUCCAUGGGCAAAUCAGGCCUGUGUAAUUUCACUCUCUGUACCAAGAGUUGCGAGGUUAUAAAGAACACAGGCAAAUGUCAAACCACCACAGCACCUACCACCACUCCAUCGGAAACGGCGACAACAGUAACAGUAACUCCCAGCUCUACAGAAACAACAAGAUGCUCUUGUCAAGUGAAUGGCCAAGCACUAACACCUGGGCAGGCAGUGGUGACUCCCGUGGGUAAAUCAGACCUGUGUAAUUUCACGCUCUGUACCAAGAGCUGCGAGAUUAUAAAGUACACAGGGAAAUGUCAAACCACCACAACACCAUCCACCACUCCAUCGGAAACUUCAACAACUGUGACUGUAACUCCCAGCUCUACAGAAACAACAAGAUGCUCAUGUCACGUGAAUGGCCAAGCAUUAUCACCUGGGCAGGCAGUGGUCACUUCCGUGGGUAAAUCAGACAUGUGUAAUUUCACGCUCUGUACCAAGAGCUGCGAGAUUAUAAUGACAGGCCGUGGUGACAUCCGUGGGUAA